AGGGCCAAAGGUCAGGAGUGGUACGUCGCUGGCUGCUCGCUGGCAUCUUGUUCUCGUGAACGGGAAUCAUAUUCGAUUCGAUUCGUUCAGUCAAGGUUGGAUACCCAGCCAGCAGCAGCGGAGAGGAAAUUGCCGACGAGCUUCUCCCCUAUUGGUACUCCCCGGCUGAUGCGCGGUUCGCACCCACACGUGUGCCAUCCGCUGCACUACUGGCCCGUCCCUGCUCAUCUGGCCUCUCGACCUUCCCUACCGCCAUUCUCGCCUCGCAUCAGCGUCAGCAGCAGCGGAGGCGUUCGCUUGGCUCACCGGAGCGUCGCCGCGAACAUGUCGACCGCCGCCGGCGACAGCAGCAGCAGCGCCGCCUUGACGAAGCUGGCGCCGCUGGAGGCGGUCCUGUUCGACAUCGACGGCACCCUCUGCGAUUCCGACCCCUUCCACUUCCUCGCCUUCCGCGAACUCCUGCAGCAGGUGGGCUUUAACGGCGGCGUCCCCAUCACGGAGGAGUUCUACAGCGCCAACAUCAGCGGCUGGCACAACGACGCCCUCGCCGGCGCGCUCUUCCCCGACCUCGACCACGCCGAGGCCAUGGACUUCAUGGACCGCAAGGAAGCCCUCUUCAGAAAGAUGGCGACGGGACAGCUCAAGGGGCUAGACGGGCUGCAGGAUCUGUGCGGAUGGAUCGAGCGGCGUGGGCUGAAGCGCGCGGCGGUGACCAACGCGCCGAGGGAGAACGCGGAGCUGGUGCUGUCGCUGCUCGGGCUCACCAGCUUCUUCCCGGUGCUCGUCAUCGGGAGCGAGUGCGAGAGAGCCAAGCCGGCCCCGGACCCGUACCUCAGGGCGCUGCAGCUCAUCGGCGCCUCGCCCGAUCACACAUUCAUAUUCGAGGACUCGUCGUCGGGGGUCCGGGCAGGGGUCGCUGCUGGUGUGGCCGUGGUGGGGCUGACCACCGGGAACCCGGAGAAGGUGCUCAUGGAUGCCGGGGCGAGCUUGGUGGUCGGGGAUUUCAGGGACCCCAAGCUGCUGGCCAUUCUUCAGCAGCUGGACCCUGCACCUGCAGAUAAUUGAGCAAGCAAGGCUGAUGCUUGCUGCUGGUAACUGGACACUGGCGACCAGCUGCUGCCAUCAUCACGAUGAUGAAUAAUUUUGCAUUACUUGUGCUCCUUUGGGUGGUGCAGAUUUACUCCAGAAUUUGUCUAAAUUUCUAGUUUAUGGGAACGAAUAAAGAUCCAAGUUACAUGUUGGCAAGGAAGGAUUACUGAAAUGUGAGGAAAUUGCAUUGGAGAUCCUUAAACUUGGCAGCCAUGUUUACUUUCAACCAUAAACUCGCGGAUUUGAAAAAUGGUUCCUUAAA